AUGCUUCCCGCCGAGUGCGCGCGCCGCCUGAUGGCCGAGAUUCAGGGCGCCCUGGACGCCUGCUCCGAGCGGCAGCGGCAGUUGGAGCGGAGCCUGCGCGUCUCCCGGCGGCUGCUGCGUGCCUGGGACGUGGAUCCCGAGAGCUGGGAACCAGCUGGAACCCCAAUACCGGAACCACCUCCAGGGUCAGAAACUAAGGAAGAGGACCCAGCUCCAGCAUGUGCACAGAGCCUCCAAGACCUGAAGGAGCUGGAGCUUCUGACCCAGGCCCUGGAGAAGGCUGUUCGGGUGAGGAAAGGCAUGUCUUCAGCUAGACAAAGAGACAGAACCCCUAGCUUGACAUCUGCGUCCACUGUGGCCACUGCUGGCACCACUGCCUCUGCUCCAUCCCAAGCCUCCAGACAGGCUGGCAACCGUGCAUCAGCAAGGCCCACGAAGGGUACCCACCAGGCCAUGGACCCUGCCAAGAACCUCCCUGCGCACAAGCUUCUGUCGGUGAGAAGUAAGACCCCUGUGGGGGCAGGAGCUGGAACCACUAAGCAUGAACCAGGCCUCAGGGACCAACAGACGACGGCUCCAUCAGCUCCUCCUCGGACCACUGAAGCCUUCACACUUAAAGAGAAGGGGACCCUGCUACAGUUGCCUGUGGCCUUCAGGAAAGCUGUUUCCAAGAACUCCCGCCUGUGGGCCCAGCUCAGCUCUAUGCAAACCAGUGACUCCACUGAUGCCACCAGAGCUGCAAAAGCCCAGUUCCUCCAGAAAUUGCAGAUGGUCUCAGGCUCUUCCAGGCCCAGUGCUGCGGAGAUAGAGGCGGAGGCCAGGAGCCUGAGGAAGGCCUGUGCACUGCUGAGGCUGCGCAUGCAGGAGGAGCUCUCAGUGGCCCCUGCUGACUGGAUGGAGGAGUACCGCUGCCUGCUCACCCUGGAGGGGCUGCAGGCCAUCGUCGAACAGUGUCUGCAUCGGCUGCAGGAGCUGCAAGCAGCUGUGAUGGGUGGGCUGCCAGAGCCCUGUGCUGCGGGGAAGGCCACCCAGGCUUCACUGCCCUGUGGGGGCAAAGCGGACCUUUCCUGGAGCCCCCAGCUCCUUCUCUACUCCAGCACCCAGGAGCUGCAGACUUUGGCGACCCUGAAGCUGCGAGUAGCUAUGCUGGAGCAGCAGAUCCACCUGGAGAAGGUCCUGAUGGCUGAACUCCUCCCUCUGAUACGCACCUGGGAGCCCCAGGGAGCACCCUGGCUGGCACUGUGCCGGGCCGCAUACAGCCUGCUGUGCCAGGGAGGAGAGCGCUUCCUCACCAUCCUGCGGGACGACCCUGCUGACUGAGCCCAGUAGACAAGCCUUUCUGGAAGAGUCCCUUCCUCCUGGCGGGAGUGAAGUGAACGAGGAUUCCCUGGUUUGGGGGCUCCGGGCCUGGUGAUACCUGUGCCUUGCUGGACGGCCAAGGUGAGGUGGUCAGGACUGAGCUAUAUGUCUCCUGGUGCUCUGACUGCAACCCUUGGAUACUACCUAUUUUCUCUCACUGUAGACCUAAGAGCCACUGGUAUGCUGUUAGAAGGGCCUUAGAAAUGUAUUUAAAACAUACUAAAGUGGAACUUGGUAGGA